UCCGCUGCUGUUUCCCGCCCCGGAGCUCGUCGGGCCGCCCCGGCCCAGCCCGGCCCCAUGGCCCAGACCCCCGACGGCAUCUCCUGCGAGCUGCGAGGAGAGAUCGCCAGGUUCCUGUGGCCCAAGGAGGCAGAGCUGCUGCUGAAAACCUGGCUACCCCAGGAGGGUGCUGAGCGGAGUUACGUCCUGGUGCUGCUACGAUGGAGAGUCUACCUGCUCCACACCUGCCUCCCUCUGAGAGUGGACUGCACGUUCAGCUACCUGGAGGUCCAGGCCAUGGCACUGCAGGAGACACCCCCUCAGGUCACCUUUGAGCUGGAGUCCCUGCCUGAGCUGGUUCUGGAGUUUCCUGAUGUGGCUGCCCUGGAACGGCUGGCCCAGCAUGUGGCUGUGGCCAUCAAGAAGGUCUUCCCUCGUUCGACCCUUGGGAAGCUAUUCAGGAAGCCCACACCCCCCUCCAUGCUGGCUCGGCUGGAGAGCGGCCACCCCUCAGAGGGCAGCGCCCCCUGCAGCCCCUGUGGUGGCUUCUUGGAGACUUACGAGGCUCUGUGUGACUACAAUGGCUUCCCUUUCCGAGAGGAGAUUCAGUGGGAUGUGGACACCAUCUACCAUCGGCAGGGCUGCCGCCAUUUCAGCCUGGGAGACUUCAGCCACCUUGGCAGUCGGGACCUGGCCUUAAGCGUGGCUGCCCUGUCGUACAACCUGUGGUUCCGGUGUCUCUCCUGUGUGGACAUGAAGCUGAGCCUGGAGGUCUCAGAGCAGAUUCUGCACAUGAUGAGUCAGUCUUCCCACCUGGAGGAGCUGGUGCUGGAGACCUGUGGCCUGAGGGGAGACUUUGUCCGGCGACUAGCCCAAGCGCUGGCAGGACACUCAAGCUCUGGGCUUCGGGAGCUCAGCCUAGCAGGGAACCUGCUGGAUGACAGAGGUGUAGCUGCGCUCAGCAGACACCUAGAGCAUUGUCCAGGAGCCCUGAGGAGACUCAGCCUAGCGCAGACAGGGUUGACACCUCGAGGAAUGAGGGCUCUGGGCCGGGCACUGGCCGCCAAUGCUGCCUUCGACUCUGCCUUGACUCACCUAGACCUUUCCGGGAACCCUGGAGCGCUGGGGGCCUCCGAAGACAGUGGGGGCCUCUAUAGUUUCUUGAGCCGUCCUAAUGUUCUGGCCUUCCUGAACGUCGCAGGCACUGAGGCCGCCCUGGACACUCUCUUUGCGGCGCUGUCCCGCGGCUGCUGCACCAACCUCACCCACCUCGAUGCUUCGAGGAAUGUCUUCUCCCGCACGAAGUCCCGGGCCGCGCCGGCCGCGCUGCAGCUCUUCCUCGGCCGCGCGGGGACGCUGCGGCAUCUGAGCCUGGCGGGCUGCAAGCUGCCGCCAGACGCGCUCAGGGCACUUUUGGAUGGCCUCGCGCUCAACACGCACCUCCGCGACCUACACUUGGACCUCAGCGCUUGUGAGCUGCGAUCGGCCGGCGCCCAGGUGAUACAAGACUUAGUGUGCGACGCAGGCGCCGUGAGCUCCCUGGAUCUGGCGGAUAAUGGCUUCGGCUCGGACAUGGUGACUCUGGUGCUGGCCAUUGGGAGGAGCCGGUCCCUGAGACAUGUGGCGCUUGGAAGGAACUUCAACGUCCGGUGCAAGGAGACCCUGGACGACGUCCUGCACCGGAUUGUCCAGCUCAUGCAGGACGACGACUGUCCUCUGCAGUCUCUGUCCGUGGCUGAGUCUCGGCUGAAGCUGGGCGCCAGUGUCCUACUCCGGGCCCUGGGCGCCAACCCUAACCUGACAGCGCUGGAUAUCAGCGGCAACGCCAUGGGGGACGUGGGCGCCAAAAUGCUGGCGAAGGCGCUGCGGGUCAACACGAGGCUCCGGUCUGUCGUCUGGGACCGGAACAACACUUCUGCUCUGGGCUUGCUGGACGUGGCGCAGGCGCUGGAGCACAACCAUAGCCUGAAGUCUAUGCCUCUGCCACUCAACGACGUGGCCCAGGCGCAGCGCAGCCGCCCGGAACUGACAGCACGUGCAGUCCAUCAGAUCCAAGCCUGUCUCUUGAGGAACAACCGCGCGGACCCUGCCUCUUCUGACCGCCUGUCCCAGCUUCAGCCAUUGAGUCUGGUUUCAAACCCCUCUGAGCAGGAAGUGAAUGAACUGUGUCAGUCGGUGCAGGAGCACAUGGAGCUGCUGGGCUGUGGGGCUGGGCCCCAGGGUGAGGCCGCUGUGCACCAGGCUGAGGAUGCCAUCCAAAAUGCCAACUUCUCUCUCAGUAUUCUCCCCAUUCUAUAUGAGGCUGGGAGCUCCCCAAGCCAUCACUGGCAGCUUCGGCAGAAGCUGGAGGGUCUCCUGAGACAGGUGGGUGAAGUCUGCCGCCAGGAAAUCCAGGACUUCACUCAGGCCACACUGGACACAACAAGGAGCCUCUGCCCACAGAUGCUGCAGGGAUCUGGCUGGAGGGAGCAGCUAGAGGGAGUCCUGGUGGGCUCAAGGGGCUUCCCAGAGCUGCUGCCAGAACAGCUGCUGCAAAAUGCCUUCACUAGGCUCAGGGAUAUGCGGCUGUCAGUCACAGGGACCUUGGCAGAGAGCAUUGUGGCUCAGGCUCUGGCGGGUCUGAGUGCAGCCCGGGACCGGCUGGUAGAGAGUCUGGCUCAGCAGGCAACAGUGGUGGUGCCCUCUGCCCUACCCACACUGGAUGGAGGUGAGCCCAGCCCCCUCGGGCCUGGGGAAUUGGAAGGUCUCUUCUUUCCGGAGGAGAAGGAGGAAGAAGAGGAGGAGAAGGAUGACAGUUCUCGGAAAUGGCCUGAACCCAGCCACGGUCUUCGCCCCGCCUCAUCCAUUCACAGUGCUGCUGAGGAACAGGAGCCCGAGCUGGCGGCUCCGGGGGAAGAUGCGGAGCCGCAGGCGGGGCCGUCCGCGCGCGGCUCUCCGAGCCCUGCCGCCCCCGGGCCCCUGGCCGGCCCGCUGCCUCGCAUGGACCUGCCGCCCGCCGGACAGCCCUUGCGCCAUCCGACCCGGGCACGGCCGCGGCCGCGCCGCCAGCACCACCACCGCCCGCCGCCGGGGGGCCCGCAGGUACCCCCAGCCUUGCCGCAGGAAGGGAAUGGGCUCAGUGCCCGCGUGGACGAGGGCGUGGAGGAAUUCUUCUCCAAAAGGCUGAUCCAGCAGGAUCGCCUCUGGGCCUCUGAGGAGGACCCGGCCACUGAGGGGGGUGCCACUCCAGUACCCCGUACACUGCGAAAGAAGCUGGGCACCCUCUUUGCCUUCAAGAAACCUCGUUCAACACGGGGUCCACGGCCUGAUCUAGAGACCAGCCCUGUGGCAGCUCCCCGCACCCGAAAAACCACACUUGGCGACCUGCUGCGGCCACCAACCCGUCCCAGCCGUGGUGAGGAAUCUGGGGGGGCUGAGGGGGGCAUCAGCAGCCCUGACUCUGCCCGCAGGAGCCGGCCUCGCUACACAAGGGAUAGCAAGGCCUACUCCAUGAUCUUACUACCUGCUGAGGAGGAGGAGGCAAUGCUGGGUGCCAGACCCGACAAGCGGCGGCCCCUGGAGCGGGGAGAGACAGAGCUGGCUCCAUCCUUUGAACAGCGGGUACAAGUGAUGCUGCAGAGGAUAGGAGUGAGCCGAAGCAGCGGGGGUGCCGAAGGCAAGAGGAAGCAAAGCAAAGAUGGGGAGAUCAAGAAAGCUGGCUCAGAUGGUGACAUCAUGGACAGUUCCACGGAGACCCCUCCCAUCUCAAUCAAGUCCCGUACCCACUCUGUGUCUGCCGACCCCUCGUGUAGACCUGGCCCAGGGGGGCAAGGGCCUGAGUCCACCUGGAAGACACUGGGGCAGCAGUUGAAUGCAGAGCUCAGGGGCCGUGGUUGGGGCCAACAGGAUGGUCCAGGCCCUCCCUCCCCUUGUCAAAGCCCAAGUCCCCGAAGAGCCAGCCCCUCCCCAGACAGCCUGGGCCUCCCGGAAGAGCCUUGCUUGGGUCCCAGGAAUGAAGAGCGGCCCCUGCGACUACAGCGUUCCCCCGUCCUCAAACGCAGGCCGAAGCUCGAGACACCCCCAUCCCCAAGCCUAGGAUCUGGCCUUGGAACACAGCCUCUGCCCCCACAGCCCACAGAGCCCUCCAGCCCUGAGCGGAGCCCAUCCUCCCCAGCCACAGACCAAAGAGACGGCGGCCCCAACCCCUGAUCCUCUCCUGCCGCAUGAGAUUAUUUUAUUAAAAAACUCGAAG